AUGGAUUGAAAACCUUCAAUUAUGUAUGCAAAUUGGACAGAAUUUUCUUUUAUAAUUGCAUUUAUCUUCUAUAAUAUGUUGGCAAAAUUUCACUUUGCUUAUCUAUUGCAAAUUAAUUUUAAAAUGUCAAAAAAUAUUUUGGCAUAUCAUUACAUAUAAAAUUGAGUCUAUGGCAUUGUCAAGAUGUUUUUGACAUUUUAAAAUUAAUUUACCAUAGAUAAGUAAAAUGAAAUUUAUGCAAGAGAUCAUAUUUCUUUCAAGCAUUUUUUUUCGAUUUAGUUGAAACCAAAAAAACUGUGCCAAAGAAUUUUUCUAAAAUAAUAUCUAUUUUUUCUCCUCUCUAUUUUCUUAUUCCUCACAAACUUUUUAGUUUUAUUCAAUAUAUCAUUCCCAUUCCAAUUAUCAGCUUUUUUCUUCAAAUUAAAAUUGUUAGAUUUUUAUCGUCAUUUUUGUAA